AUGGUACUCAACCUCAUCGUUUCUGUCCCGGCUAAGUAUACCUCUAAUCUUCUCACACGUGCUGGUCUUACGGAUUGUAAGAUUGCCUCCACUCCCCUGGAGCCUCAGAGUUGUCUUACACCUCUUGAUGACACUAUUCUCUCUGAUGCUACCCUAUAUCGUCAGCUAGUUGACAGUCUUGUCUAUCUCACUGUUACUCGUCCUGAUAUUGCCUAUGCCAUUCAUAUUCUUCGUGCUUUUUUCGAUGCUGAUUGGACUGGAGAUCCUACUGACCGCCGCUCUACUACUGGCAAGAAACAAUCUCUUACUGCUCGUUCCAGUACCGAGGCUGAAUACCGUGCUCUUGCUGAUACUACUCAGGAGCUUCUUUGGCUUCUUGCUGACAUGGGUGUUACCCCCUCUGGUGCUACUGACCUCUUUUUGUGA